AUUAAAUAUUUCAGUUAGUCACCGUAACGCGUUUUUAACAGANGGUGAGACGGGAAGCAAAGAUAGCAGAUGGCAUUAACUUCACAACAUUAACUAUAGAAAAUAAUUAAAGGAAAACACGGUCACCAACUAAAGAUACAACAGGAAAAAAAAAAUAAAAAAAUAAAAAAUAAAAGGAAAGGCUUUUGUUGUUUUGAAGAAGCUAGAGAAUUAAUGGAGGGGAAGAGUGAGGGCAGUCAGAUAGACGAAGCGCAAUAAAGAAAGGAUCAGUAGUUAGGUCUCUAUUAUUCAUUUAUUUACUGCUCUGCUUUAAUUGAUUAUACCUUCUUCUUCUCACUCUUUUUUCUUUCUUUUAAAUUUGUCAAUUUUUCAAAUACACAACAUUGAAAUUUGCAGGAUUUUGAGGCAAUGAUGAGUUUGAUAUAUGCAGCUCAUCUCUCUCUCUCUCUCACCUUAAUUUCACUGCACCUACCUCCCUUCUAAUUAUUUAUUUAUUUUUAUUUGGUACGUUUUGCAAACAAAUAUGCAACUCAGAAUUGAAUAGAGGUCAUUUUCCAAGUUGGCUUUGCUGUUUGGCCCUUUUUUGGGGCUAUUAAGAGGCAAACUUAAGUCCUUUGUUUUUGUUUUCUUUUUCUUUUACCCACUAAUGGUUUUGUAGUGUGUGUUUGUGUUAAUUUCAAUCUUUCUCUCACACGAACGAAAAAUUGUGAAUUGAAUGUAAUUAUGGGCAAAGGUUUUUUCUUGGUUUUUUUCCUAUUUUUGGUGGCCCAAAAAUAUUGCUUUGGGUUUUCAACAAAAAACUACAAUAGCAGCAGAAUUAGAUCACAAACAGUGAGCAGUUUGAGAAUGGCUAGAAUUCAAAGGCAUCUCAACAAGAUUAAUAAGCCUCCUCUCUUUACCAUUCAGAGUCCAGAUGGAGAUAUAAUAGAUUGUGUGCAUAAAAAGAAACAGCCGGGUUUGGAUCAUCCUCUGCUAAGGAAUCAUAAGAUCCAGAGAAAUCCACCAAAAAUGCCAGUGAGGAUCAGCAGUUAUUAUGAUUCAAAAGACAAAAUGAGGAAUAUUAGCAGGAAAGGGGUUUUGCAGACGUGGCACGAAAGCGGACAGCGUUGUCCAAACGGCACCGUACCAAUACGGCGGAGCACUGUCCACGACGUCCUGAGGGCUAAAUCUCUCUACGAUUUUGGCAAGAAAAAGUCAAAGUAUGCCACCGUGAAUACCGCCGCCAGCCGUCAACGGAAUGCUCCUGACGUCGUUAGUGGUAACGGCCAUGAGCACGCAAUAGCAUACACGAGAGGAGCAUCGGGAGAGUUGUACGGGGCAAAAGCGACAAUUAACGUGUGGGACCCAUCCAUAGAUAUGGUGAAUGAAUUCAGCCUCUCCCAAAUUUGGGUUCUCUCCGGUUCUUUUGACGGUUCUGACCUCAAUAGCAUCGAAGCUGGUUGGCAGUUGAAUUCUGAAGCUUGUACUAGUCAGGUUAGUCCGGAGUUGUAUGGUGACAGCAGGCCAAGAUUAUUUACCUAUUGGACGAGCGACACGUACCAAGAAACUGGCUGUUAUAAUCUUCUUUGCUCUGGAUUUAUACAAACGAAUAGUCGAAUUGCCAUUGGAGCUGCCAUCUCUCCUGUGUCGUCUAUGGGAGAAAAUCAAUACGACAUCAGCAUACUCAUAUGGAAGGAUCCCAAGCUGGGAAAUUGGUGGAUGGGCUUUGGCGAAGGCACGUUAGUGGGCUACUGGCCCACUGAUAUUUUCACAAACUUAAAGGACCGGGCCACCAUGGUGGAGUGGGGCGGUGAGGUAGUAAACUCAAGGGCCGACGGUAGGCAUACUACCACGCAAAUGGGCUCGGGCCAGUUCGCGGAAAGUGGGUUUGCUAACGCAAGCUACUUCAGAAAUUUGGAGCUCGUUGAUAUGGACAAUAACUUGAUUGCGGCCCAAGAGAUAUCGACCCUAGCCGAGAACCCAGAUUGUUACGAUAUCAAGAGCUACAACAACAAGGAGUGGGGCACAUAUUUUUACUACGGUGGGCCUGGGAGAAACCCAAAAUGUCCAUAAACUAUAUGGGCUGGACCCAAAAAAGCCCAAAUUGCUGAUUUCUUGAGUUCUUUUCUUUUAUUUAGGUGUUAAGAGUGUAGGAUUGGGGCUAUUUCCAACCAUGUUUAAGUGCUGAUUGAUUCCACAUUAGUUUUUGAGGUUUUGUCAAAUGUUUCGAGAAAAAUGAAAUGUGUUUUGUAUGAGCAUCAGCCAUCAAACAGGUAAGGAAAUAGCUAAAUUGUAUUGCAAAAAGUAUUUGUUUAGUUGUGCAAAAUGUAAUUCCUCGUUUUUUUAUUAAUAUGACAAAAAGUCUUUUUUGUUACAAAAA